CUCACAAUCGAACCAAAGGUUGUACGGUAACAAAAGGUAAAGUAGUGUAUGAGUGCAUGAACAAGGGAUUAGAAGAAAUACAUCGGAGCGAGCUAGACUGAGAUUGAAGCGCCUAGUGUGUGAAAAAAAUGCACGGGCGCUUGGUAAAGACGGGGUGGCAAAGGACCUAGCAAGCAAGGUGAUUGGUCCACCGUUUUAUCGACAUCGAGAGUGUCUCCAUCGACGCCAGUUGCCUUCCCGGGGUCCUUGUACAAACAUACAACAGCACCACUGGCACAGACCCCUACUCUCCCCUACUAGAUUAUGCGCCAAUUACCUGUUUUUCCUUAUCCUCGAGGUUCUGUGAAUGAUCCUGUCGGGUACUAGCACGGCUAGCGAUUUUCCGACGGCUUGUACUCUCUUCUCCGGUCCCUUUCUUCUGAAGAUAGAGACAGACAGAGUAGUCUUUCCGUCCGGAGUUCUGUCGCUUUGUGUUGUACACAGGGACAAAGUUUGCGGUAUUAUGCUGGUAUACUACUGCAGCACCUCGGGGGACUUUUCUGUAAUCGAUGCACGAGGAAUCUUUCUGAUUCCCAAUGGAUUUACAUAUGCGAGUUUAUGCGGUACUAUGUACAGGGUGCUACUGAUGCUGUGUAGUGCCUUGUGUGCCUUUCGUCUGACCUCUGUUACUUCAUUUCUGGCAGGGACGACAACUUGGUGUAACAGAGACGACGACUCUCGAAGAUCGAGAGAUCAGGCUCGUAGAUUUGAUAAUACUGAAGACUCAAGAGUCACUGCCCUGCAGCCGAUUAAGGCCGGUGCUUAUCUAGUUCUUCGUGCCAGUGGUGCAGUAACUUACUUGAUCAUGUCUUCAUCAAUGACAUAUGUUAUGUAUUUCCUAUCCUCAACAUAGCGCCGCUACCGAUAACUACAUAGAUUCUCGAAUACAAUCCCUGUCAGAAUCUUGCUCGAAUCCCUCACCUUCCUGCCGCUUUAGCGCCUUCUUCGCGAUAUCUUCCCCACCAUCGCUGAUGCCACCCGGACAGCUAGGAAGAUUGAAUCAUCGAAGCAACAUCUA